AUGAUAAGUAGAUUGAUUCAAAGGCGGUGCCUCGGUGGAUGGAACCCAGGAACGGUGCAGAGGAUGACGCGGGUCCCAUUAUUGAGCGACACUCUUUGCAAACGGUACCUUUCCAAUGGGAAAGACAAGAAGGUCAAUAUGAGCACCAAGAAGCAGAAACCUUCGAUCAAGCAUUUAAGGCGGUCGAGCCCAAAUCUGCAACGGGAGACGGCGCAGUACAUAUUGUCGUUGUUGAAUAAAAACAACGAGCCAAAAAGCAUUGAGGUGUUGGAGAAAUAUCUAUCUCCGGUGACAUCGGUGACGGUUGGAGAAACAAUUGAUUUCGAAGUGGUUUUGAAUGAACUUAAUAGGCUCGAUUCCGACGGGAAUAGAAGAAACGAGUACUCGGUGUUGAUGCCAGAAGAGGUAAUUAACGUCAAGUACAAUGGAAAAGACUUAAUGAUAUUGACAAACGGAACAAUAGUUGGUUGGGGGUUGAGUGAGUCAGUUAUUGUGAAACAAAUCAUGCCGACGCUUCUUCCGGCUAUAUGUGAUAAAUGUGAACCCGAGAGUGAAGAGAUUGAUUGGGUGGAGCUUGAUUAUCUUCCUGAUAACUCGCCUAAUAAUGGCAAUUCGUACAUGCAAGGGGAUAUCAUGGUGAUACAGGGCACUAAUAAAGACAAAAUCUUGUUGGAUAAAGCGGCCUUUGCAAUAGGGUUAUCUCGGUCUACGCGGUUAUCUGUAUUGGAAAAUGCGUUGGAAAACCACAUCCAGCUAACUAGAGUUAACUCAGAAUAUUUAUCGGAGGGGAAACAAAUAAAAACGACAGAAUCGGAUGUCUUAAAACUAACGGGGAGAUUGUUCUUAUUGAGAGGUAAGUUGAACUUAUAUUCCGAGUUAAUUGAAACCCCAGAUUUGUACUGGACUGAACCUACCUUAGAGAGAAUUUACGAGUUGAUUUCACGUAAUCUAGACAUCUCCCCAAGAAUUUCUAUUUUGAAUAGAAAAUUAGAUUAUGCUACAGAAGAGCAAAGUGCGUUGUUAGCUGUGUUGAAUGAGAAGAAAAGCACCAGGUUGGAGUGGAUCAUCAUAAUUCUUAUUAUGGUCGAAGUUGGGUUUGAAACCUUCCACUUUUACGAAAGAUACUCAGAUAAAGCUAAUAAUAAAAAUAAUGAUAAACCUAAUGAGUGA